ACUUUGAAAUCUGUUAAUCUUAAUCGGCCAAAUUGCUUUGUCUUACAGAAAGUCUGAGAAAUCUAUAACAUCCAUGGAUGGUGUGAGAUCUAUUGUUAAGAAGAGAUGGCAGGGCCACAGGAAGCUGAAAAAGAUUAGUGUAUUAGUUGCGGUAACUGGCUUUGUUUUAAUUGUUUCAUUUGCUAAUACUUCAAAUGAUUGUCGGUUUCCAGCAGUUUACAACUUCGGCGAUUCCAAUUCUGACACUGGCUCCGUCUCAGCUACGUUUGGUAGACUCUCUUCCCCCAAUGGCCAAACUUUUUUCGGUAAACCUUCUGGUCGCUAUUCUGAUGGCCGUCUGCUCAUUGAUUUUAUAGCUGAGAAGCUAGGACUACCCUUCUUGAAUUCAUACCUUGAUGCUUUGCAACCAAAUUUCAGACAUGGAGCAAAUUUUGCUGCCAGUGGUUCUACAGUUCAGCCACUUGAUGUUCAAUCAUUUGAGGCAGGUUUUAACCCAUUAACUCUUAAUAUUCAACUUUCCCAGUUUGAGCAACUUAAAGAUCGCACUAAUGAGUACAGUCAAGCAAAAAGCUCAAAGAUCAAAAGUAAUCUCCCAAUGCCAGAGGACUUCACAAAAGCCCUUUACACAUUAGAUAGUGGACAAAAUGAUCUUCAUUUUUGGCUGACAACGAAGAGGGAGGACCAAGUGAAGCCAUCCAUCCCUCCUAUAAUUAAUCAGUUUGCUCUUGCCAUUGAGAAACUUUAUCAAGAAGGGGCAAGAAAAUUUUGGAUACAUAAUACUGGUCCCAUUGGCUGCUUGCCUUUCAUGGUUCUUAAAUAUCCUCCAAAGCCUGGUGAUGCAGACCAAAAUGGUUGCAUUAAGUCUUACAAUGAGAUUGCUCAAGAAUUCAACAAGCAGCUUAAAGACAGGGUUUACACAUUAAGGACCCGACUGCAUGAUGCACUGCUUAUUUAUGUGGAUAUCUAUUCUGCCAAAUAUACUCUAAUCAGUGAAGCGAAUAAAAAUGGUUUUGUUAGUCCGAUUGAGUACUGUUGUGGUGAUUCAGGGAAUCAUGAUAUCAAAUGUUGGGACAAAGGUAUAGUGAAUGCAACGGAUGCGUUAUGUAAUGAUGCUUCAAAAUACAUUAGCUGGGAUAGCGUACAUUAUACUGAAGCUGCGAACCAUUGGAUUGCCAACCGCAUUGUGGAUGGCUCAUUCUCAGAUCAUCCAAUUCCCCUUAACAAAGCUUGUGGAAAGCACAUUCUCUCACGUUUUUGAGCUCAAAUAGGUAUCAUACAUGUUAGUUUGUCUCUCUUUACUCAACUGUAUGAACCAGUUUUUCAUAACCAGAUGUGAAGAUGUUGCUAUGAAUUUUUUUGUUGAAAUAUAAAUUUCUGUUAUUAAAAGUUGUGAAUUAUUUCUAUCCAAUCCUUAACAAUA